GAAUUCAGCAUCAAGCUUGCGCCUCACAGCCAUGGCUACAAUCCACAGAUCAGUUUUUGGUGUUUUGGUGCUGAUGACACCAGCACAGUCAACUCCAAGGCCACAAUUUUCAAGGACAUUGUGAGUGCUGCUAAAGAUGUCUGAUAGUGUCGAUAUUGAAGAGAAACCACCAGCCCCUCCCUUGAGAAUGAACAGUAGUUCCCGAGACUCUUCAUCACUGAAUCACGCCUCUAAACCACUUCCAAUGGCUCCAGAAGAGAAAAACAAGAAGGUCCGCCUGCGCUCCAUCUUCCCUGGGGGAGACAAGACAAACAAGAAGAAGGAGAAGGAACGUCCUGAGAUAUCCCUACCCUCAGACUUUGAACACACCAUUCAUGUUGGCUUUGAUGCUGUAACAGGAGAAUUCACAGGUAUACCAGAGCAGUGGGCACGGCUCCUACAGACCUCAAACAUCACAAAGCUGGAACAGAAGAAGAACCCACAAGCUGUGUUGGACGUCUUAAAGUUCUACGACUCCAAAGAGACCGUCAACAACCAGAAAUACAUGAGCUUCACCUCGGGAGACAAGUCGGCACAUGGGUACAUAGCAGCAAACACUCUGAACCGACUGCUGUCAUCUGGGCCUCCUGUCAGCCUUAGAACCUGCAGCGCAUUAUUUGACAAGGGUGCCAAAACAUCAUCAUCAGAGCCCCCAAUCGCUCCGCCUGUGUCAGAGGAGGAAGAUGAGGAGGAAGAGGAAGAGGAGGAGGAGGAGGAAGAUGAGGACGAUGACGAUGAACUGCCCCCGGUCAUUGCACCUCGGCCUGAGCACACCAAAUCUAUCUAUACACGCUCAGUCAUGGACCCGCCAAAGCCUCCCACUCCUGUAAAAGAGGUGGUGACUCCACCAGAGUCGCAGGUCCAGCCGGAGAACACAUCCAACACAAUGUAUCGCCACACUGACCGGCAGAGGAAGAAGUCCAAAAUGACAGAUGAGGAGAUUCUGGAGAGACUCAGGAGUAUUGUGAGCGUGGGGGAUCCCAAAAAGAAGUACACACGCUUCGAGAAAAUAGGACAAGGAGCAUCUGGCACUGUGUAUACAGCCAUCGACAUAGCAACUGGCCAAGAGGUGGCCAUAAAGCAGAUGAACCUGCAGCAGCAGCCCAAGAAAGAACUGAUCAUCAACGAGAUCUUGGUGAUGAGGGAAAACAAAAACUCAAAUAUAGUGAACUACCUGGACAGCUACUUGGUAGGAGAUGAGUUAUGGGUGGUGAUGGAGUAUUUAGCCGGUGGCUCAUUGACAGAUGUAGUGACUGAGACCUGCAUGGAUGAGGGCCAGAUUGCUGCAGUCUGCAGAGAGUGUCUUCAAGCUCUGGACUUCCUACACUCCAACCAGGUGAUCCAUAGAGAUAUAAAAAGUGACAACAUCCUCUUGGGUAUGGAUGGAUCUGUCAAGCUCACCGACUUUGGCUUCUGUGCCCAGAUCACUCCAGAGCAGAACAAGCGCAGCACAAUGGUGGGAACGCCCUACUGGAUGGCACCAGAAGUGGUGACUCGGAAGGCUUAUGGCCCAAAAGUGGACAUCUGGUCUCUGGGAAUCAUGGCGAUAGAAAUGGUGGAGGGAGAACCACCCUACCUGAAUGAGAAUCCACUCAGGGCACUGUACUUGAUAGCUACCAACGGGACUCCAGAGCUACAGAACCCAGAGAGACUGUCAUCUGUGUUCAGAGACUUCCUCAACCGCUGUCUGGAGAUGGAUGUGGACCGCAGAGGCUCUGCCAAGGAGCUGCUUCAGCAUUCCUUCCUCAAGCUGGCGAAGCCUCUAUCCAGCCUGACGCCUCUGAUUGUAGCUGCGAAGGAAGCCAUAAAGAACAGCAGUCGCUAGGGUGUACCCAAGACUAAAACCUUGCCUGUAUUGUGUGUUCAUGCUGGCAGGGGCUUGGGUAUGUUGGGUAUGUUGGGGGGGUGGGUGACAUUACAGUGACAGCACAAGUUGGGGGGGCUUAUGUGAC